AUGCUGUUCUGGGGGACAGCUCCCCUGCCACCCUUCGAGGUCAGCAAAGUCAGAUCCUCCUCCCAGCCUGGAGCCGACACCGACCCCUUCUGCGGGCAGCUCCAAGGCGGCCCCGGGCCCUGCCGGGGUGGGGGGCACCCCUCUCCCAAGUGCGGAUGCCCCUCCAGCCCGGGGAGCGGCCGCCGGGGGCUGCGGGAGGCCCCGCCCCCUUGUGGGGUCCCCAGCGGAGACCGAGUUCCGCAGUCCCAGGGCGGGUUGGAGGAUGGGGACGCGGAGCCUCCUCCACUCCCCAGCCAGGCUCCGGGAAGGGAAGCCGCCUCCCUCCCCGCCCCGCCGCCCCACGGGUACCCACCGGCCCGGGGCCGGGCCCACUCACCUUCAGCACCCCGCUUCCCGGCUGCCCAGCCCCUGCGCGUCCCGUGGCCGCAUACACUGGCCCCCGCCCCCGCCCACUCCGGCCCCUCCGCCCCUCCGGCCUCGCUGGGCUCCCAGGCCGCGGCAGCGCGGGCGGGACACGGGCCGAGGGACCAGCCGGCGGAAAGUUUCCUCCGAGGAAAGAGGAGGGACGGGACUGGACGGGACGGGGCGGGGCGGGCGGGGAGGCGGGGAGGAAAAGGGCCGGGAGAGGAAGGGGAGAGGAGCGGGCAGCCGGGAGGAGGGAGAGCCAGGCCUGCGGGCCGUCCGUCCCCCACAGGAAACCGCCGGGGGAGGCCGCGGCUGGGACCCGCCCCCGGGCCACUAACAACAACAGUGAGGCUGGAGCUCUGCCUGCGCGCGCGGGCCCGGGGGCUAAACCCUGGACAGGUUCUUUCCCUUACUCCGCCUAACAACCCUGCGACGUGGUACGAUUAUCCCCACUUCGCAGAUAAAAUAAACGGAGUCAUGGAGAGAUUGAAUGACUUUACCAAACCGUCAGAAUUUGAACCUACUGCUCUCUGACCCUAAAGCCUGAGCUCGAAACCACCGCUCCCCCUCCUAGGAGGCCCCAGCCGGAGAAGACCGCUUCUCUUCCCCAGACCCACGCCAGCGUGUCUGUCACCUGCUAGAUUGGCUCUCAUCCCAACCAUCCACCUGCCCAUCUCCUCCCUACCUCCUCGCUGCCUGUCUGCCCAGGACGUCCCUGCUGUCUGCUCACCGCCUGCUCGUUGACUGCUUCCCUGGCCUCCUGUCUGCCUGUGAGACUGGAGAUGUGUCACCUUGGAAAGCACGGAGAGCGCUCCUAAAAGGAAGCACAGGAAGGACAGGCCUUGACGGAAGGUCACGGGGCUGAGGGAUCCAGCGCCGAUGGGAGGGCACUUGGGAGUGCCAGCGUCUUCCGGGCCUGGUGCAAACCCAAGCACAGCUCUGCUCCUGGCCCCAGUGGCCAAACUGAAGGCUGGCCCUGGCUAUUCUACUGUUGACAUGGGUCUCACCCCACCACAGGGAUAGGUCUUGGAUGGAGGGAGGACGGGCACUCACCAGGAGCCUCCUGAGUCCUUUGAGUGUCCCCACACCCCCAGGACCCAGGAAAGCUGCUGCAAAGAGGGUACUGGCAGGAAUUUGCUAAAUGAACAAUAGGCCCGGUGUGGUGGCUCAUACCUGUAA